AGUCCUGCGGGGCGGAGGCCAUGUUGCGGGGCACCCACGUGAGGGCCUCACGUCCACGAUCAGUCACGUGACCGUGGCGCGCCGCAGCCGCCGGGGCGCACCCGGCGAGAGGCAGCGGCAGUGAUGGACGGGUCCGGGGAGCAGCUCGGGAGCGGCGGGCCCACCAGCUCUGAACAGAUCAUGAAGACAGGGGCCUUUUUGCUACAGGGUUUCAUCCAGGAUCGAGCAGGAAGGAUGGCUGGGGAGACACCUGAGCUGACCUUGGAGCAGCCGCCCCAGGAUGCGUCCACCAAGAAGCUGAGCGAAUGUCUCCGGCGAAUUGGAGAUGAACUGGACAGCAAUAUGGAGCUGCAGAGGAUGAUUGCUGACGUGGACACGGACUCCCCCCGAGAGGUCUUCUUCCGGGUGGCAGCUGACAUGUUUGCUGAUGGCAACUUUAACUGGGGCCGCGUGGUUGCCCUUUUCUACUUUGCUAGCAAACUGGUGCUCAAGGCCCUGUGCACUAAAGUGCCCGAGCUGAUCAGAACCAUCAUGGGCUGGACACUGGACUUCCUCCGUGAGCGGCUGCUUGUCUGGAUCCAAGACCAGGGUGGCUGGGAAGGACUCCUCUCCUACUUCGGGACCCCCACAUGGCAGACCGUGACCAUCUUUGUGGCUGGAGUCCUCACCGCCUCGCUCACUAUCUGGAAGAAGAUGGGCUGAGGCCUCCCACUGCCUUGGACUGUGUCUUUUCUUCAUAAAUUAUGACAUUUUCCUGGGGUGAAUGGGGGAAGGGGAAAGGCAUUUUUCUUACUUUUGUAAUUAUUGGGAGGGGUGGGAAUGGUGGCCUGGGGAGGCGCCAAUAAACCUCAGGUCCACUUUGGA